AUGGCUGCUCUAAGCAAAUACAAUAAUAAUAGGGGGAAAAGGAACAUUUUCCCCUUGGCCGUGAAAGUUUUCACCUUUGCCGGAAUUGUAGCUUGUUCCUUCCAAAACUACGAAAAUGACUCAUAUACCAUGUCAUACAGGAGGAGCAACGAAUACAAUGCUUCAUCAUAUGAGACAAGGUUCAACAGAAUAUUAGCUGAGGCCACCGACGCUCCCGCUUCUGAUACUGCUGACGCCGCUACUAAGGAAGAAGAACCAGCCCAAAAAAAUAUCCUCGAAGAAAUGAUAGGUAAUCUUGUAGAUAGUGCAUGCGAACAAUACGAGAAGGAAGUGAAACCAAAGUAUGAUGAAAUAGCAACUUCCAUUAAAGAAAAUUACGAGAAAGACAUGAAGCCUAAGAUAGAAGAAAUUAAGAAAAAAAUUAAAGAUAAUUACGAAGAAGGUUUAAAAGGAACAAUAGAUGGCUUAAGAGAUAAAAUAAAGGAAUUUGAAAAGGAGAUCGCAGAAUUAUGUACAGAGGAUGAAUCAAGUACCAACAACUUAAUCGAUGUUGAAUUAAAUUUCAGUGACGAAUUUGAUAUUCCAUCUGUUGAUGAUGUUGCUGAGGAUCUCCUUGAUCAAUUAGAUGACUCUCAAUGGUCCAUUCAUAAAAAGUACGAAGAUUUAAGAGAUGAAUUUAUUACCAAAUUGAAGGAUAUUCAAAAGGAAGUAAAACCAAAGAUUGAUGAGCUUACACAGAAAUAUUUGGAUGAACUCGAAAUGGAAAUGAAACCAAAAAUUGAUCAGUUAGCUUCCGCCAUAAAAGACAUCCAAAAUGAAAUUAAACCUCAAUUUGAUGAUAUUAAGGAAAAGUUAUUAAAUGAUAUUCAAGAAGAAGUUAAGCCCAAAAUGCAAGAGUUCGCGGAUAAAAUUUCCAAUCUCGAAAAAGAAAUCCUUCCACACAUUAAUAAAUUCGCUGAUAAAAUUAAGGAUAUCGAAAAAGAUGUUCAACCCCAAAUUGAUGAUUUAAAAGCUAAAUUUAAAGAUCUUGAAAAGGAUGUAAAACCCAAAGUUGAAGACUUUGCAUCCAAACUAAAUAUCGAUAUUGAUGAGGACAUAAAAAAGAAAAUUCAGAAUAUUGUGAAUAAAGUAAGAACUGAUGUUGAAGAUGAAGUGAAACAUAAAAUUGAAGAUUUCGCAUGCAGGGUGAGAAUUGAUAUUGAGCGAGAUAUGAAACCAACUGUUGAUGAAUUAAGAAAAGUCGUUGUAGAAAAGUUAAACGAAAUUGAUCAAGAUUAUGUGCCAGUAUUUGAACAAUCCCUAAAAGAUGGAUUCGAAAAGAUCUGUGAAAAUAUACCAGUGAAGAAGGAAGAUAUCUUUGAAGUUCAGAAAACUAUUACAGAGAACUUAAAGGCGUGCAAAGAAACCGUCAACUCGGUGAUCAAUGGAAGUUUUUUACGUGGAUUUAGAUUGUUAUAA